AUGAGGGGUUCUUUGGCAGCGGGCACAGCGGGCACAGCGGGCACAGACGUGGCGGUGACCAGAGGGCAGAGUGCCACCCUGGAAUGCCCACUGGAGACCAACCUCACGGUGGGCAUGAUCACCUGGUACAAGCAGAGCCCAGGCGAGGGCCCAAACAUGGUUCUGAACUACGCCCUGAACGGGUCCUCUGAGGUCCGGUACGGUGUGGGGUUCCACUCUGGCCGGUUCUUGGUCCAGUCUGGGAUGAACGACUCGCUGCCUCACCGGCUUCUGAUCAGCACCGCGGUGGAAUCGGACGCUGCCACCUACUACUGCGGCUUCUCCGAUAAAAAUGAGCCGCAAAAGGACCCCUAA